AUGAGGGAUCCCACCGCAGAAAUGGAAGAGAAUACUCACCAAGCAACCACGAAUGGUUCAAGCGAACCCCGCCGCACCAACAAAUCAGUUCGAGUCGCGUUUGGCCCUGGGCUAGAUUCAACUAUCCCCGCUCGCGAAAGAUCUCCAGCUCCACUGAGCAGCCACCAUCGUUCCUUUACCACUGUCGAGCAGAAACAGCCCUCCUUGACGCCACCUGCUCGCCCCACGAGCUCCGCCGGUGAGAAUGCGGCACUGGCGGUAGAUACGCCGCCGCAGCCGCGUAGGCCCUCCCCACGGAGGGCGGAGACCAGCCGCCCAGCCAUGCUGAAACGAGCACGAAGCGACUAUGGACCGAGUCGUGCUCUACUCGAUAAAUCGGCUGAUGAUGAAGAGGAUUUUGCCAUGCGACAUGGAUGGCAGGAAGAGUACACGUCCAGUGAAUACCUUAAGAUCUUACACUCGAAUUUCUAUAUGUAUUUCACGGAAAAACGUCACGAGACGAAUGGCAUCCCCAGAGAUCCCGUUGGAAGCUGGCCUAGUCAAGACUGGCGCAUGAAAGAUCGAUUGAAGACUGUGUCAGCGGCCCUUGCGAUUUGUUUGAAUAUUGGUGUCGACCCUCCAGAUGUCGUCAAGACAAACCCAACAUCAAAACUCGAAUGUUGGGUGGAUCCUACCUCAACUACCGGUGGUGGACAGAACAAGAUAAUGGAACAAAUCGGCAAGAAGCUUCAAGAGCAGUAUGAAACCCUCAGCCUUCGGACAAGAUACAAACAAUAUCUAGAUCCAUCUGUGGAUGAAACCAAGAAGUUUUGUAUUUCACUGCGUCGAAAUGCUAAGGAUGAACGGGUUCUUCUCCAUUACAAUGGUCAUGGAGUCCCUUUACCAACCCAAUCUGGCGAAAUAUGGGUCUUUAACAAGAACUAUACUCAAUACAUCCCGGUGCCCCUUUACGACCUGCAGUCCUGGCUCGCUGGCCCAAGUCUGUUUGUCUUCGAUGUGUCCCAUGCUGGCAAUAUCGUCUCCAAUUUCCAUACAUUUGUGGAGAAGCAUGAGAAGGAGAAUGCCGAAGCCAAGAAAAGAGAUCCCAACGCGAUCGUACAGAACUAUGGUGACUGCAUUCUUCUUGCGGCUUGCCAGAAGAACGAGUCGCUUCCUACCAACCCAGAUCUUCCCGCAGAUCUUUUCUCUUGCUGUCUAACAACCCCAAUCGAGAUUGCUUUGCGCUUCUUCAUUCUACAAAAUCCACUCCGGACGGAUAUAUCAAUCGAUGAUUUCCAUGUUCCCGGUCGUCUCCAGGAUCGUCGCAGUCCGCUCGGAGAACUCAACUGGAUCUUUACCGCUAUUACCGAUACCAUCGCAUGGAACACCCUUCCCCGCGCCCUCUUCAAGAAGCUUUUCCGGCAGGACCUCAUGGUUGCAGCUCUCUUCCGUAAUUUCUUGCUCAGCGAACGAAUUAUGCGCACGUAUAAGUGCCAUCCAAUCUCGACGCCAGAACUGCCAGAGACUCAUCAUCACCCCUUAUGGAAGAGCUGGGAUCUUGCCGUUGAAAUGGUACUCUCGCAGCUGCCUGCUUUAAUUGAUCAGGAAGAAGGCCGCCGGCAGUAUGAAUACCAGCAUUCCACAUUUUUCGCGGAACAGCUCACUGCAUUCGAAGUCUAUCUCUCUUCUGGUCCCACUGAAAAGAAUCCGCCAGAUCAACUACCUAUCGUACUACAGGUACUUCUCAGUCAAGCACACCGAUUGCGAGCAUUGAUCUUACUCAGCAAAUUUCUGGAUCUGGGGCCAUGGGCUGUCCAUCUCGCCCUCAGUAUCGGUAUCUUCCCCUACGUCGUCAAGCUGCUGCAGUCGGCUGCACAAGAGCUCAAGCCAGUCAUGGUCUUCAUCUGGGCAAGAAUUAUGGCCGUCGACCAUACUGUCCAAAACGAUCUUUUGAAAGAUAACGGCAUCCAUUAUUUUAUCUCCAUACUUAAUCCGUCGUCGCCCAUUCCCGUCGGCAACGCCAGUGAGCACCGCGCCAUGUGCGCAUUCAUAGUCUCGAUAUUCUGCAAAAACUAUCCCCAAGGCCAGAAUGUUUGCUUGUCUGGCGAACUAUUUGAUUCUUGUCUAAGACACCUGGGGGAUGUCGAGAACCCGCUUUUGCGGCAAUGGUCAUGCUUGUGUCUCAGCAUGCUUUGGUGCGACUUCCCCGAAGCGAAAUGGAUGGGUAUCCGCUCUGCCGCCCCUUCAAAGCUAUGUGAAUUGAACUUUGAUCCGGUCCCCGAGGUUCGAGCGGCGAUGCUUCACGCGGUCACAACUUUCCUUGGUAUCCCCGACUUAACAGAUCAAGUUGCACAAAUUGAGGAGUCGCUGGCCUUAUCCGUUCUACCUAUGUCAACAGACGGCAGCGUCCUUGUGCGGAAAGAGCUUCUUGUGUUCUUCUCGACGUUCGUCAAACGUCACCAAAAUAAAUUUCUGGUGGCUGCAUAUGACGAGUUGCAAGAUGAGAAAAAGUCACUGGUGAAUCGGCUUCAAAUUGAGACUGGUCGAUCAGAGACUUCAAAGAAUGACCAAGUCUCCGAGUCGAAACAGCACCAGCUCUCUCGCAACACCACCUUUGGGGCUCUGUGGAAACAAGUCUUAAUCUUUUCUGUUGACCCUCAUCCCGAUAUUUCUCGGGAUGCUGGUGCCAUCGUCGACUUCAUCCACUUGGCUCUUCUAGAGUCACCAAUGGCGAUGGUAGCUGACAAAACCAGAAUUGAGAUCCUUGACCUCACAUAUCGCCUCUCGCAAAAGCUUCAACUUUAUGAGCGACCGGAAGCAAAGAAGACUGCGCCUCCUUCGACUCCGCCGUCUUCGACAGCGGCAUCCGCCAAACAAGAAGGCUAUCUAAACCUUGCAUUUGGCUCGGGAUCAGGAGAGCAAGGGUCCGACAGCUCACCCCCAUCUUCGCCCACUAAGAGCCGCAUGCCCAUCACCCCUCGUGGCCGCGCGCCCCCUGAAUGGACUCGCCCUCCAGAAGUCAACGAUCAAGUCGCUCCAGCUACCGCAUAUCACCACGCUCCUGUCCCGAGAUCUCGAGGCUUUGAAGCCAAGAACCCAGAAGUAGCGCCGAUGAUCCCACUAAAAAGCAGAUUCUUGGACUGGUCUACAGAGUAUUUCCGCGAGCCCCAGAUGAAACCCAACGAGCCUGACGAGCCUGGUAGCUCCGACUACAACGAGCGUCUCUGGAGACGCGGCCGCAACGAAAAGAUCAUUGCGGAAACCCAACCUUUGAAGAGCAAGGCCGGCACGAGCCGAUGGGAUAAUUCAACUACACUCCUUACUAAUAGCAGCCAGCCUUUGAAGAUGUGCUUCCAUCAAUUUGAGGAUCACCUUGCUGUUGCAGAUGAUCGUGACACCAUCGCAAUUUGGGAUUGGCAGACUCACAGGCGACUGAACCAGUUUUCUAACGGCAACCCAGUUGGAUCAAAGAUCAAUGAAGUUCGAUACAUCAACGAAGAUGACCAAGCACUACUGUUGACUGGUUCUUCUGACGGUGUACUGAAGCUUUACCGCAACUACGAGUUUUCCGGGCGUAUCGAAGUCGUUACCGCGUUCCGCGCCUUGCCAGAACUCCUUCCCAGCAACCGAAAUGCCGGACUUGUGCUGGACUGGCAGCAAGGUCAAGGCAAGGCUCUCGUUGCGGGCGAUGUCAAGGUCAUUAGAGUGUGGAAUGCUGCAACUGAAGUCUGCACAAACGAUAUCCCCGCACGUUCCGGCUCCUGCAUCACAUCUUUAACAUCCGAUCAAGUUGCUGGUAAUAUCUUUGUUGCUGGAUUCGGUGACGGAGCCGUCAGAGUCUUCGAUCAGCGAUUGAAGCCGACCACUUCUAUGGUCAAGGUCUGGCGUGAACACAAACAAUGGAUUACAAAUGUUCAUAUGCAACGUGGCGGCUUGCGCGAGCUCAUUUCCGGCAGCCGCAACGGCGAGAUUCGACUCUGGGAUCUUCGCAUGGACCAUGCGCUUUCAACCAUCUACGCUACCAAGGACACACUUCGCACAUUGAGUGUCCACGAGCAUGCUCCCGUAUUUAGCAUGGGAACAAACCGCCACGAGGUCAAGACUUACAAUGUCGACGGAACCUAUCUCUCCUCUUUCGAGCCCUACUCGAGCUUCCUUCACCACAACCGCUCUUCUCCCAUCGCCAGCACGGCUUUCCACCCCCACCGUACAAUGCUCGCAUGCGCCGCAUUGAAUGACCAUCACAUCAACCUUGUCUCCUGCUAG